GGAUGACCGGGCAAAUCUGUCCGGCGGGAGGCGAACCUCACCACACACUACAAGCAACGCUAAUGUCCCAUAAACCCUCUCACAUGACUGAUUUCCUUUGUCGAUACUUACUGAUACUUGGCAUCUAUACACGCAUAUUUCAUUGUGUUUUUCUGACGACCGGCAAUGCAUUCACUUCUAACGGCAUCGCUCAUUUUCCUUUUUUGCGCUUAUUUUUAUUUUUAUUUUCUGAAGAGUUUGGCAAGAACGGCGCAUGUAACAAUAUGGAGCACAAGCGGAGUAUUCAUUUGGUUUCAUUUGGUUUAUUUGGUUCUCCUAUUCUUCUCCUAUAUUUGGGGGGUUCAUAUGGGUCACUGGGGGGAGCAUCGCCAUAAUGGGAGGACCGUGAUGGCUUCUGGGGGGAAGGGUCUGGGAGGUGGUGGUGGAUCUAAUACGACAUCCACUCGACUGGGAAGGGGAGGAAGUGUCUGGCAAGACAGUGGGAAAGGAAAGGAUUGGACUUGGAGGACUAUCGGUGGAAGUGUCCUGGGCUGGGUGGACGGGAUUCGAAUACGGCUACGUCGGUGGACUAUGGAUGUCAGGUUUUGAGUUUGGGGGAUGGAUGAUGGAUCGGUGGAUGGAUUGGAUUGGAUGGAGGAUGGUUGCUUUUGCAUUCUACUUUACAUGGGAAAGGCACGG